CCGUUUGAUCAUCCCAAAGCAGAUAUCAUAUUACGUUCUUCAGACUACGUCUAUUUUCGCGUCUUCAGACUAUUCCUUUCGCUUGCAUCACCUUUCUUCGAAGCGAUGUUUGAGCUUCCGCAGCCGUCAGUGCAUGACAGUGGGGACGAGAUCAAGGAUGGGCUGGUAGUUAUUCCAGUAACCGAGGAUAGCAGGACGUUGGAUCAUCUCCUCAGAUUCUGCUACCCAUCAACUUUGGCUGAGGAUCCGAACUUGGAAGAUUUGACAGACGUGGUACAGGUCUCGGAAGCCGCGAGAAAAUAUUCCUUGGAGUUGAUUGAGAAGAAAGUGGGGAACGCUCUGGGUAAUCAAGCUAUUCUGGAGAAGGAGCCAUUUCGUGCUUUUGCCGUUGCUUGUGGCUCGAGGAUGGAAGACGAAACAAGGACGGCCGCGCGGUACACGUUGCGUCAUCCACUCAUGCCCCCGAAGGUGAAGGAGCUUGAGCUGAUUACAGCCGUAGACCUUCGUCAACUCCUGCACUACCAUGCGAAAUGUGCAGACGCAGUGCAGACGUUAACUUCAUUAUCGUGGAUGGAAUAUCACUAUAGGGCUACGGGGGAUAGAUGGCUGACAGACGUUUAUCACUAUGGCGAACACUGCGAUUGCCCACGCACCAACAAGUAUCGCUUCAAAGAUAACUCCACGCCUCCAGACUGGUGGGCAGAGUAUAUGGACGCUACUUGGAUUGCUCUGCGGGAUAGACCAUCUGGCACAACAGUUCUA